AGAAAUGGCGGAAAACCGCUUAUCCUCAUCUCUGUAAUAAUGUGCCUUUGUCAAUUUAAUAGAGUUGACGCAGAGGUAACCUUUGUGAGUUCUACUUGUGUUAAUGGUGCUAAUUACACUAAGAACAGCAUAUAUGAAAAGAACCUCAACCUCCUAUUCUCCGAACUUUCUACCAAAACCUCAACUCACAACUUCUAUAAUGCCACUUCCGGCAAAAUCCCCGACAAACUUUACGCCCUCUAUCAAUGUCGAACAGAUGUGAGCGCAGAAAUAUGCAAUGAGUGUAUUAUUGCCGCGACAAAUCAAAGUGUGCACUCUUGUCCAUCUGCUAAAGAAGUAUGUUGGUAUGAAGAAUGCAUGUUAAGGUACGCAAACCGUUCCAUUUUUUCCUCCGCCGAGACAUCUCCAGGGCCUCGAGUGUGGUCGUUACGCAAUGUGUCAAAUUAUGAUGCGUUAGCUCCAGUAUUAGCAGCUAAACUUGAUAGUGUUAUUAGUCGGGCCGCGGUCGCUACGCCUUUCGGACACUUUGCGACCGAGGAUGGUAACUGGACAUUAUUCGACAGUGUGUAUUGCCUGGCGCAGUGCACGCCCGAUAUUGAUGGCUUUCAUUGUAAGAAUUGCUUGACAAGGGCUUUAUCUACUAUGAUUAAUGAUUAUAACACGAGUAUUCGGGUGAUGGUAUUUUAUCCGAGCUGCCAACUGAGGUAUGAUACAACUGAGCAAUUUUACCAUGAGUUAGAUCCGCGGUACCAGCUCCUGCCCCAUCAGAAAUGCUCGUUACAAAUCCAGGAAAGAGUAAAGCGGGCCCAUCAAUUGUUGUAGAUAAGUCACUUGGUAUUUCAAUGUUGGUUAUGAUUGCUCUCUUUAGUGCUUAUUAGGAGUUAAUUAUUGUAAAGGGUCCAUCAUUUAUUGUAAUAGAGCAAACAGGUAUGUGGGAAAUCCCCAAAAUUAUCUGGAUAGGGCUCUAGAGUACUACUCCUUUCAUCUCAGGGCGAAAUUCUCAUUGGUAACUCCCAGUUUUGAGAUUUCCAUUAUGAAGCCCAAGUUUUUUUUUUAAAUUUCAAUGGUAAGUCUAAGUUAUUGGGGUUGUUUGGCAAUUAGUUGUUGGUUGUUUUAGUUGGUUUGUUUAACUGGCUUGAUGCAUUGGCGGUAUGUAUUGGCUUUUUGAGUUGGUUGUUCAAGCCAACUGUUUUCAAAAGUGUUUGGUAAAAUUA